CCGAACGCCGUUGGUUUGCUGCGAAUUGCACUCAUUUCAGCUGCUAGUGUUUGUUUGCGUCACCCAUGAUAGCAAACGAUCCAGUACUCUAGAGUCUUCCUGAUUGGCAUGUGGUUCGUUCUCAGUAGAAGCGGAAUGCCUUGGCAGACCGGUCCUGACAUAUUUCUUGUCUCAUGCAUGCUGGUGUUGAACUGUCUUGUCCCGUUGACCCAGUCCUCUAUGCUAUUCAUCUACCACACCUUGCCGCGCACUUCUCAGUAACGACAGUCUUAUGUUGGAUCUCUCUUCGUGUCUCAGUUGUCUCUUGCAACAAAGCUUUUGCGUCGCGUUAUCUUGAGUUUGCUUAAGCCAAUAUGGACGAGAAACCCACUCCUCGGGAUUGUGACAUCCCCGGCGGCUUCCCCGAGACGCCCAGCUUCGCCCCGGCCAGCGGUCGUCCUACGCCCAUGAGCUUUUCCAACGAUGCUCAGCAGAACAUCUCCAACGCCCCCGGCCAUGACUUGGAGUCGGCACAGAGAUUCCAAUCUCACACCUCCACGAACUACUUUGCAGCGAAUAUCUCGACUGUUCGUGACGAUGCUUCGUCUUCCACCAUCACCCUCUCGGGCAAUGGCGCCACGGCAGCAGACAGCGGCCAAGCCUUUCAAAGGUCCAACGAGACUUCACAGAAGCCAGUCGCUUUGGUCGAUGAUUCGACGCCCUCGUCGGCUUCUUCAGACGUCUUGUCUCCUACCGAAAGCACCCAAUUUGCGCCCCUAAAGACCAACACGAGCAACACCAAACGACCCAAUGCGCGCAGCCAAAGCAGCAACCUCACUGAGGAUGACAUCUUUCGGGUCUUGUCACGCCGCCGGACGAACGCAACAAAUCAGUCCGACGUUGAACAGGGAGAGGAACAGCAGGAGGUCGAGCGUCUCAUGUCUCGGAUUUUCGGCCGAGCACGCCAGGAACAGAGCGAGGAAGAAAAGACUAGACACAGCGGUGUUAUCUUCCGCGAUCUCACCGUCAAAGGCGUUGGCGUGGGCGCCAGCCUUCAGCCCACGGUUGGAGAUAUCUUCCUCGGUCUGCCGCGCAAGAUCAAGGUCCUUCUCUCCCACGGGCCGAAAGCUGCCUUUGCAAAGCCCCCGGUGCGCGAUCUCAUCAGUCACUUCGACGGCUGUGUUCGCCCGGGUGAGCUUCUCCUCGUCCUUGGCCGCCCCGGUUCCGGUUGCAGCACGUUUCUUAAGGCUUUUUGCAACCAGCGAGCGGGAUUCGAGGCCAUCGAGGGAGAGGUCACCUAUGGGGGUGCCUCCUCCGAGGAGAUGAGCAAGAAGUUCCGCGGGGAAAUCAUUUACAACCCAGAGGACGACCUGCACUACCCAACGCUCACUGUCCAGAGAACUCUCAACUUCGCUCUUCAGACACGUACUCCCGGCAAGGAGUCGAGGCUCGACGGAGAAAGCAGGAAAGACUACAUUGAGGAGUUCAUGCGGGUCGCUACGAAGCUGUUCUGGAUCGAGCAUACGCUUGGGACCAAGGUCGGUAACGAGUACGUACGAGGUGUUUCUGGCGGCGAGAGAAAACGUGUCAGUAUUGCCGAGGCCAUGAUCACCCGUGCCUCCGUUCAGGGGUGGGAUAACUCCAGCAAAGGCCUCGACGCCAGCACUGCCGUGGAGUACGUCCGAUCAAUCCGGGCCAUGACCAAUAUGGCAGAGACGUCGACGGCCGUGUCGCUGUAUCAAGCGGGCGAGUCCUUGUAUGACCUCGUCGACAAGGUGCUGCUGAUUGACUCUGGCAAAUGUCUUUACUACGGGCGUUCUGAAGAGGCUAAGCAGUACUUUGUCGAUCUUGGCUUCGACUGCCCGGACCGGUGGACAACCGCCGACUUCCUCACAUCGGUCACCGACAAGCAUGAGCGCCACAUCCGCGAGGGGUGGGAAGACCGCAUACCCCGGACGCCCGAAGCAUUUGACGCCGCGUACAGAAACAGUGACGCGUACCAGAGGAACCUGCGCGAUGUCCAAGAAUUUGAGUCUCAGCUUGCCCAGCAGAUGGAGCAGCGUCAGCAGCACGAAUCCAAGAAGACCGAGACGAAGAAUUACGAGAUUCCGUUCCACAAGCAGGUCAUAUACUGCACGCAACGCCAGUUCAUGGUCAUGGCAGGCGAUCGAGGGUCUCUCUUUGGCAAAUGGGGAGGUCUGGUUUUCCAGGGCCUCAUCGUCGGCAGCUUGUUCUACAAUCUCCCCAACACCGCCGCCGGCGCGUUUCCCCGCGGCGGCACUCUGUUCUUCCUCCUCUUGUUCAACGCGCUUCUGGCCCUUGCCGAGCAGACUUCGGCCUUUGAGUCGAAGCCCAUCCUGCUCAAACACAAGUCCUUCUCCUUCUACCGGCCCGCCGCUUUCGCCAUCGCUCAGACGGUCGUCGAUGUGCCCUUGGUCUUCAUCCAGGUUUUCCUCUUCAACGUCAUCAUCUACUGGAUGGCCAACUUGGCAAGGACAGCGUCGCAGUUCUUCAUUGCCACGCUCAUCAUCUGGUUGGUCACCAUGGUCACCUACGCAUUCUUCCGCGCCAUCUCGGCCUGGUGCAAAACCCUGGAUGAUGCGACCAGGUUCACUGGGCUAUCUGUGCAGAUCAUAGUGGUCUACACCGGAUAUCUGAUUCCACCUGGCUCAAUGCGCCCCUGGUUCGGGUGGCUGCGAUGGAUCAACUGGCUUCAGUACGGCUUCGAGUGCCUGAUGUCCAACGAGUUCUACAACCGUCAACUCGAAUGCGGCCCGCCUUACUUGGUCCCCCAAGGACCCAACGCGUCAACAGAGUACCAGGGCUGCGCCCUUGCGGGAAGUCCGCCGGGCCAAACUAUUGUGCCCGGCUCCAGCUACAUCGAGGCUUCGUUCUCCUACAGUCGUUCCCAUCUUUGGCGCAACUUCGGCUUCCUCUGGGUUUUCUUCAUCACAUUUGUCAUCCUGACUGCCUUGGGCAUGGAGCGCAUGAAGCCCAACACCGGAGGCGGUGCUAUCACGGUCUUCAAGCGCGGACAGGUCCCCCAGAAGCUAGAAGAAAACAUCGCCACCGGCGGCCGGGAGAAGAAGGGCGAUGAGGAGUCCGGCAAACCGAGCAACGGUACCGAAACCGCGACAGCCGACAUGCCGACCAAGGAGAAGAGUGACCAGGAGACGAUGAAGCAAGUGGCUCGAAACGAGGCUGUAUUCACAUUUCGCAACGUCAACUACGUCAUUCCGUAUGAGAAGGGCGAGCGCGCCUUGUUGAAGGAUGUCGAUGGCUAUGUUCGCCCAGGCAAACUCACUGCCCUGAUGGGUGCCUCUGGCGCCGGAAAGACGACCCUGCUUAACGCCCUGGCUCAACGUCUCCACUUUGGAACCAUCACAGGCGAGUUCCUCGUCGACGGUCGGCCCCUCCCCAAGUCCUUCCAGCGGGCAACCGGCUUCGCCGAGCAGAUGGACAUCCACGAGCCCACGGCAACAGUCCGGGAGGCCUUGCAGUUCUCCGCCCUCCUUCGUCAACCGCGCGAGGUACCCAAGAAGGAAAAGUUCGACUACUGCGAGACCAUCAUCGACCUCCUCGAGAUGCGCGACAUCGCCGGGGCCACGAUCGGCAAAGUGGGCGAGGGCCUCAACGCAGAGCAGCGCAAGAGACUCACCAUCGGGGUCGAACUGGCGUCGAAGCCCGAGCUGCUCAUGUUCCUGGACGAGCCGACGUCGGGUCUUGAUUCCGGCGCCGCCUUCAACAUCGUCCGCUUCCUCCGCAAGCUGGCAGACGCCGGCCAGGCCGUGCUCUGCACCAUCCACCAGCCGUCGGCGGUCCUGUUCGAGGACUUUGACGAGCUUCUGCUUCUCAAGGCAGGCGGCCGGGUUGCGUACCACGGCCCCCUGGGGCAUGACAGCCAGGAGCUCAUCCAAUACUUCGAGUCGAACGGCGCCCACAAGUGCCCCCCCAACAGCAACCCGGCCGAGUACAUGCUCGAAGCCAUCGGCGCGGGCGACCCCAACUACAAGGGCAAGGACUGGGGCGAUGUGUGGGCACAGUCCGAGCACAAGAAGACUCGGUCCCGCGAGAUCGACGACAUGCUGUCCAGCAGACGAGACGUCGAGCCCUCCAAGAGCCUCAAGGACGAUCGCGAGUACGCCAUGCCGCUGAUGACGCAGACCAUGGCCGUCGUCAAGCGGUCCUUCAUCGCGUACUGGCGCACGCCCAACUACAUCGUCGGCAAGUUCAUGCUGCACAUCCUCACCGGCCUCUUCAAUACCUUUACCUUUUACAAGAUCGGCUACUCGUCCAUCGACUACCAGAACCGGCUCUUCUCCAUCUUCAUGACGCUCACCAUCAGCCCGCCCCUCAUCCAGCAGCUCCAGCCUGUGUUCCUGCAGUCGCGGCAGAUCUUCCAGUCGCGCGAGAACAACGCCAAGAUCUACAGCUGGUUCGCGUGGACGACGGCCGCCGUGCUGGUCGAGAUCCCUUACGCCAUCGUCGCCGGCGCCGUCUACUUCAACUGCUGGUGGUGGGGUGUCUUUGGAUGGCGCCUGCCCAGUUUCAACUCGGGCUUUGCCUUCCUCCUCGUCAUUCUCUUCGAGCUGUAUUACGUCAGCUUCGGCCAGGGCAUCGCCGCCUUUGCCCCCAACGAGCUUCUCGCGUCUCUGCUCGUUCCCAUCUUCUUCCUUUUCGUUGUCAGUUUCUGCGGUGUCGUCGUGCCUCCAAUGCAGCUUCCAACGUUCUGGAGAUCCUGGAUGCUUCAUCUUUCUCCUUUUCGCUACUUGCUCGAAGCUUUCCUCGGCGUUGCGAUCCAUGAACAGCCCGUUCGUUGCGCGCCGGACGAGUUCGCUAGGUAUCAGCCACCCCCGAACCAGUCCUGCGAAGAAUACACGCAGCCCUACAUCCAGCAAGCCGGAGGAUUUGUGCAGACAGGAGACGGUGGCGUUUGCGAGUUCUGUCAGUACGCUGUCGGCGACGAGUUUGGUGCGGGAUUCAGCGUGUACUACAGCAACAUCUGGCGCGACUUUGGCAUCUUUUGCGGGUUCAUCGUGUUCAACUACCUCGUCGUUUAUCUCGGGACCUGGCUAAAGUUCAGGGGUAAAAACCCCUUCAAGAAGAUCAUGAUGAUGAAGACGAAGAAGAGCGGUAGUGGAUAACUGAUGGUAUGGUAUACAGAAUACUAUGCCGUAGCGUUGAUUAGAUUCAAAUAAUGUUGUUAUUCCAAUCGGUUUAAUCAUAAAACUCAUUCAUGCUCCUUUACAACACUGCAAAUGCUACUUUUGUCUGAGUUUCAGACCAGCUGACGGUGACGACGCUGCAUCUA